CAAUCAUUUGGAGACAAAUUCUAUGCAUGCCCGAAAUUACGCAAUUUACCCACUGGAGAGUAUGUAUCGGAUUGUUCGUUCUUUUAGUGGCUACAUGACAAACGUGAAAAGACUAAGGACACUGCCACCAUGAGUAGCAAUGAGACUGCCAAGGAGUUUCAAGGCCUUAUCAUGAACUUACAAAGAGAAGUAAUAGAUGCCAACGUUCGUGAAAGAGAGGUACUGUCCAAGAAUGCAACAUUGGAGUCAAGAAUCAGCAAAUACAAGAAACGAGAAGUGUUUUUGCAUAUUUGUAUUCUCUUGUUGGUAGCAAUACUGUUGUACCAAAAUCUUGUUAAUUGAAUGUUCGAUGUAUUGAACUAGAUGUUACUAUGGAUGUAAAAUGCACGUAGGAUGUACUAUGCACGAUGGUUGUAGUGUGGAGUUAUUUUCUCAGUUUUAAUAAGGGUAAAAAAAGAAGAAGACAGCUUUUAAUUUGGACAUGGGUAUUUGUUUGGGGAAACCAGCAAAGCUUGCCCAUGUUUCUUCUACCCAAUUGUUUUCUGAAACUAAGAAUAACAAUGCUCCAAAUGAAGCUGAUGAGAAAAGCGGAUCAACACCAUUCCCAGAAUCGAGUGGUAACCACAAGCACCUAAAGCCCUUUGCCUUCAAUGAUCUGAGAACCGCCACUAGGAAUUUCCGGUCGGACAGUCUUCUGGGAGAGGGCGGUUUCGGGUACGUCUUCAAAGGAUGGAUUGAUGAGCACACAUUCGCUCCCUGUCGGCCCGGAACCGGCAUGGUUGUGGCUGUAAAGAAACUCAAGCUAGAAAGCCCCCAGGGUCAUAGAGAAUGGGUUUCAGAGGUUAACUACUUGAGCCAGCUUCACCAUGAAAAUCUUGUGAGGCUGAUCGGGUAUUGCUUGGAAUGCGAAAACCGACUUCUGGUUUACGAGUUCAUGCCGAAAGGAAGUUUGGAAAACCACCUGUUCCGGAAAGGAGGACAACUUAUCCCAUGGUCUACUAGGAUGCGCAUCGCGGUCGAUGUGGCACGGGGUCUGGCGUUCUUGCAUGGCCUCGAUGCCAAUGUGAUCUACCGUGACCUUAAGGCCUCCAAUAUUCUCCUUGAUUCGGAUUUCAACGCAAAGCUUUCCGAUUUUGGCCUUGCGAGAGACGGUCCUAGUGGAGACAAGACUCACGUCUCCACUAGGGUAGUUGGAACUCGAGGUUAUGCUGCACCCGAAUACGUUGCAACAGGUCACCUGACGCCGAAGAGCGAUGUGUACAGCUUCGGGGUGGUUCUUCUAGAGCUGCUAUCGGGAAGGCGAGCGUCGGGCGAUGAGAGUCUAGGGGGCGGCGAAGAAACAUUGUUGGUGGACUGGGCAAGACCGUCGCUAUGCGAGGGCCGGAGAGUUGUGAGAAUAAUGGACACGAGGUUGGGCGGUCAGUACUCGAAGAAAGGCGCUCAGGCUGUCGCCGCGCUUUCCUUUUCGUGCCUCCAUAGCGACCCCAGAGCGAGGCCUUCCAUAAAAGAGGUUCUCGAUGCACUGGAACAACUCCCCCUGCCCCCAACCAGGCCAACACCAUCUAAGGCAAGAAGAGUCAUUAACUAGAGCUGGACAUAUUGAUGGUUAGAAGUAAAUGGCAUGUACAAAU